UUAUAUGCAUAGUACUUCUUUAAAUGGGCCAUGCGGCCCAUUUCCUGCGGUGGCGGCGGCUUGUGUGUGCAAACUCCUGUACGGCGUCUCACGCCUCACCCCAACUCGCUCCCUUCCCCGUGCUUCCCGCCGUCGUGGAGAGGUCACGCGGCUGGUUCCCGCCGCUUCCGGACGGGUUCCGAGGGAGGAGGAUCAGCUGCCGCGAUGUUCCUCAGGAUCUCUCGUCUCGGGGCGCGGCUUCUGCGCGAGUCUGGAGCGGAGACGAGAGCUGGAAAUUUGCUAAGCAGUCCAGGCAUUUUGUAUCAAGCUCAUCUUAACCAGCAUUCGACCAGAGUGCGGAAUGUCCUUUUCUCAACUGCAACAAGUGGUGAUCAGGAUGAAAGCAGUCAGGCAAAGGAUAAAAUCUCGGUAACAUUUGUUAACAAGGAUGGCUCAGAAAAGACAAUACGUGUUCCAGUUGGAAUGUCCAUGUUAGAAGCUGCUCAUGAAAAUGACAUAGAGCUUGAAGGAGCAUGUGAGGGUUCACUUGCGUGUUCUACUUGUCAUGUAAUAGUAAUGGAUGUAAACUACUAUAACAAAUUAGAAGAUCCAGCAGAUGAAGAAAAUGAUAUGCUUGACCUUGCAUUUGGGCUCACAGAGACGUAAGUCAAGACCCUUCGAACAGAAUCUCGCCUCGGCUGCCAAGUGAUCGCGAAGCCUGAACUCGAUGGUAUUCGGCUGGCAUUACCUGUAGCCACAAGAAACUUCGCGGUAGAUGGCUAUGUACCGAAACCACACUGAAGACAGUUAUGUACACCACACUGAAGACAGUUAUGUACACCACACUGAGGCAGUCAUCUUGGGGGGCACGGAUUCGUACAAGUCAAUUUUGUAGUUUAUAACCUGUAUAACCUAACUACACCUUUGCUACUUGUAGUCGGGGUAGCUUAGGACUACCUUGUUGAGGGAGGGUUCGUUCAUUGAUGAACCCCUCCAUUACUCCCAGAUAACAGUGCUUCCUUCAUCUGGGCGAAUAAACAUCUUUCGUUUUGUGCGAGAGUAUGUAGUGUACUCAGAAAUAUUUGCAUUGUAGUGCUCCCAAUAUUUGAUCUUUUGCUA